AUGUCAGCGGCAAUACGCCAAACCUGCUUGUCAUGUGGUCUGUGUGCACAGUAUAAAUCAGAACGACCAACCGAACCGAUGAAAUCUCAGGAGAUUCCCACACUUCCAUGGGAACGAAUAAGUGUUGAUCUAUUUCAAUUGGAUGGUAAAACGUACUUGGUAACUGUUGAUCAUUACAGUGAUAUCAUAGAAAUUGAUUGGCUAAAGAAUACGUCAGCAACGGCAGUCAUCAAUGCUAUGAAAAAGAACUUUGCCAGAGCAGGAAUUCCUCGUGCAUGCGUCAGUGACAAUGGUCCACAGUUCAGUAGUCAUGAGUACAGCCAAUUUGCCAGUGAAUAUGGAUUCAAACCAGUUAAGUCGUCGCCUUAUCAUAGCAAAGGCAACGGAAAGGCAGAAUCUGCGGUAAAGGUGGCGAAAAAUAUUCUAAAGAAAGCGCGGCAUGAAGAUCCCUACUUGGCAUUGCUGGCAUACAGGAACACUCCACAACAGGGCCACACGUUUUCACCUGCUCAGAGGCUUAUGAAUCGGAAACUACGAGAUAUCACUGUGUCAGUACCUCAACAACUUAAACCACAUCCUGUUUCCAGCACUGAAGUUGUGAAUGAUAUAAUGUCGCGUAGAGUCCGGUCCAAACAACUGUAUGAUAAAAGAGCAUCACCCAAACCUUUGAAAUCGUUCUCGCGAAAUGACCAAGUCUUCGUGAAACCAAAUCCGAAAAAUAAACACAAGCCAUGGAUAUAUGGAGAAGUCGUAAAAAAUCGUGGCCAUCGGUCGUGUGUCGUGAAUACGGCUGUUGGACUAAUUCAACGAAACCAUAAACAACUCCGAAAAGCUGAUGUCACACCGCAGGCUUUCAACAAAACGAACCAUGAAGAAUUAGAAAUAGUAUCCCUCCCAGACGAAACCUUACCAUCAUCAAUAGCAUUACCUACGGAAACAACCGAGAAACAAGUAACGGUGCUACCAUCUCCAGUAGUGGAAACACAGCCAGAACCUCUACGUCGUUCGACAAGAAUUCGUAAAUUGCCAGUAAGACUUAAAGAUUAUAUACAGUAA